AGAGAGGAAAAACCGCUACUGGCGAACGCAGCAUCUCAGCCUGCUGCUGCAGUGUGUGGCUUUCUUUCUCGCGCGCGCAACACCUUGAUGGCAGCGGCCGGAAGCAAAGAAAAAAAGAGGGAACGCGAAUCAAUUUUAUUUUAGUUACACGUACGAGAGGUUAAGUAAUGAAUGGUGUCUGCUCUAUUCGCAAAGAUGUAUAACCGCAGUAGUAGUUGUAAGCAGGACAGCCGAAUUUGCUGCGUUUUUGGUGAUUAACAGAGAUGUUAAAUUCUAAUGCACAGAAAGGGGACAUCAAGAGUCCGUCAAUUCUCGAUCAUCUUCGAAAGUUUCGCUUUCAAAAACCGUCUGUCAAGAAAAUGUUCACCUCUGAUGAAGACAGUAAUUCAUCUGCCCCAGAAAGAUGCCGUAAAGUUGUCAACCGUAUUGAAGACAGUGAAAGUGAUGGAGAGAAACCUGUCAAUGGAACUACAUCUGACUCAGAGCAAAAGUCUGAACUUCAAAUAAAAGAAGAGAAGCUCAAUUAUCUAGUUAACUUAUAUCCUCAUUUUUCAAAUAAAUUGCUACAAGAUGUACUUCAUGAUGCUGAUUGGGAUACAGAAGCAGCUAAGGCAAAAUUAGAAGCAAGUCGCAAAAGAUCAUUCAAGACAUCUAAAAAGUCUAAGACAACUAAACGUAAAAAGUACGAAGAUGAUGAAGACAAUGACAUUGACUCAGAUGAUGAAAAUUAUAGUAAAGCUAAGGUCUUUGAUAGCGAUGAAGAUUCUGAUACAGAAGUAUCAAAUGAAAUGACACGUGAUAAAAAAGCAGUAUUAGAUUUCAUGCAAAAUGCGCUUCCUUCUGAGCUGCUUUUACUCAAUCAGUGUUCUCAGAAGAAAGUUGAUGCAAUACUAGCCGUUAGACCUUUUGAUGAUUGGAGAGAUCUUGUUCAAAAAUUUCAAAGUGUAAAAUUUCUGGAUACUGAACUUUUGAAUGCAGCUCAAGAUUUAUUAAUGACACGGAGUGUGAUUGGAAGUCUCAUGAAAAAAUGUUUGAAAUUGUCAGCAAAUAUGGAGAAAGCAGUUGCUGCUGGUGCAGCAGCUAUAAAAGAGCAGCCAAAAGGUUUAUCUUCCGAACUAACAUUGACUCCUUAUCAAAUGGUUGGUUUAAAUUGGUUUGCAGUAAUGCAUACACAAAAAGUGAAUGGUAUUUUAGCUGAUGAAAUGGGAUUAGGGAAAACUGUUCAGGUCAUUGCUUUCCUCACUUAUCUUAAAGAUUCAGGUCUUACUGAGGAUACUGAUGGUCCACACCUGAUUGUUGUACCCAGUUCAACGAUAGAAAAUUGGAGCAACGAAUUAGAGCGCUGGUCUCCAGGACUGAGAGUGGCUAAAUAUUAUGGUUCACAAGAAGAACGGAGAAUGAUUCGUUUUGGAUGGCGCAACGGCGAUUUAGAUGAAAUUGAUGUGAUAUUAACUACAUACAAAUUAGUCAGUAGUACACCAGAAGAACGACGACUUUUCCGUGUUAUGCCCAUAAAAUACGUAGUUUUUGAUGAGGCACACAUGUUGAAAAACAUGUCCACACAGAGAUAUGAGAAUUUAAUUGAAAUUAAUGCUAAACACAGAAUUCUUUUAACUGGAACCCCACUUCAAAACAAUCUCUUAGAAUUAAUGUCGCUACUCAUGUUCGUAAUGCCGUCCAUGUUUGCUGGUAAACAGAAUGACUUAAAAAGUCUUUUUGCAAAAAAUCCCAGAAUACCAACCAAUAAAUCUACCGAUGAUAAACCACUUUUUGAAGAAGAACAAAUCAAUAAUGCAAAACAAAUCAUGAAACCUUUUAUUUUGCGACGAUUAAAAUCUGAAGUUUUAAAAGAUUUGCCAACAAAGUCUAAUGAAGUCAUCAAGUGUCCCUUACUUAAAAAACAGAAAGAUUUAUACGCAAAGUUACUUGCUAGAUUCUCAGCUGAAGCUAGAGAACAUUCAGAAGUGGAUGGUACAGGAAUGUUAAUGCAAUUACGAAAGCUUGCAAAUCAUCCACUUUUAACACAAGAUUACUACAAAGAAGAGCAAUUAAGGAAAAUUUCAAAAAGACUGGUCAGUGAGUCUGGCUGGAAACAGAAAAAUCCACAGUAUACCUAUGAAGAAUUGUUAUGGCUUUCUGAUUACAAAAUUAACCAGCUUUCACGAACAUAUAAAAGUUGUUCUGGCUUUGGUCUGCCUCAAAAUCUCAUACCUGAAUCUGGGAAACUGAAGAAAUUAGACAUUCUUCUACCUCAAUUAAAAGAUGAAGGUCAUAGAGUAUUAAUAUUUAGUCAAUUUACGAUGGUCUUAGACAUUUUAGAAGAAUAUUUAACAAUUAGAGGACAUAGGUAUCUUAGACUCGAUGGCCAAACGCCGGUUAUGGCAAGACAAGACUUGAUUGAUGAAUUCACAGAAGAUAAUGGCAUUUUCAUUUUUUUGUUGUCUACGAAAGCCGGUGGAUUGGGUAUUAAUUUAACUUCUGCUGAUACAGUGAUUAUUCAUGAUAUUGAUUUUAAUCCACAUAAUGAUAAACAAGCAGAAGAUAGAUGUCACAGAGUUGGACAAAAAAAUCCCGUGAGAAUUAUUAGACUUUUAGGAGAAGAUACAAUUGAAGAAGGCAUGUACAAAUUAGCACAAGAAAAAUUAAAUUUAGAAAAGAGAAUGACUGGUGACGAAGAAAGUGGAAAUGAGAAAAAAACGGGUAUAUUAAAAUUAUUAAAGACAAUUUUGAACUUGGAUCACAAGAAAUCGAUCGUUUUAUCGCCUACAACAAAUGACGAAGAAAACGGAUUUGAUGAAGAUUGACAGUGUUCAGUGUAGGAGUAAUACUUAUUAUAUCAAUAUACAUAUUUACUUGUGAUGCAUUUUUCUACCUAUUAUAUUUUAUGCGAGUCUACAUGGAGUAGCACCAAUUAUGAUCUUUUUAUUCACUUUUUCAAUGGAACUUGUAUGUACAAAAACAUUUUUACAAGUGUAUGUUCAAGUGUCUUGUUUUCAACAAAAAUUAUGAUGUGAAAUAUUUUGUUUACUAUGUAUUUAUUAAAUGAUCGUCAUUUUUGUAGUAUUGAUUUUCAAUUCUCAUCCUAGUUGUCAUUGAUUAUUGAAAUUUUGUAAAAGUUGUCAUUAAAUUUGUGUUAAAAACAUAAAUAC